AUGGCGGCUUCUUUCGAUGGCGAGAUGCUGCCGCCGCCGGCAGCAUCAAUGCGUGGCCGCGACCACACAUAUGGCGGCAACAAUGCUUUUCACAACUUUUACAACGACUAUUCGCACAUCACCGACUCCAACCUACGAAGACGGCUGGCCUUGUCCGAGAUUGACAAGGUCCCUUUUGGACUUUAUCAUGUUCGAGCCGUACUGGUAGCUGGAGCUGGUUUUUUUAUCGAUUCCUACGACAUCUUCGCCAUCAACCUCAUCGUCAGUCUUCUCGGAUUAGUCUUUUACAGCGGCGACACCUCUGUCAACGGCUACGGAGGCAAUGAUGGCAUUCUCCCCGACCCCAUCAACCAGGCCCUCAAGGCCUCCACCAGCGGAGGCAUUGUGUUGGGAAUGUUCUUCUUUGGCUGGCUUGCCGAUGCAUUUGGCCGACGUCGUAUGUACGGCAUCGAGCUCAUCAUCAUCACCAUUGGUACAUUUGGCUGCGCGCUUGCGUCUCCGAGUCCCACGAUUAGUGCCGCCGGCUUAUUGAUCUUCUGGCGCGUCAUGAUGGGAGUCGGUAUCGGUGGCGAUUAUCCACUUUCCAGCGUCAUCACUUCAGAGUUUGCGCCGACACGCUGGCGUGGGGCCAUGAUGGCUGCUGUUUUCUCCAUGCAAGGCCUGGGUCAGCUUUUAGCCGCAAUCGUUGCGCUUAUCACGACCGUGGCGUUCAAGAAGUCGUAUGUCGACAUGACUGCGGAAGGCGCCUGCGAUCUGGCGUGCAGGGAGGCCGCUGAUCGAUCGUGGCGAAUCAUCGUUGGCGUUGGUGCCAUCCCUGCAUGCAUGGCCCUGUACUAUCGUAUCACCAUCCCUGAGACACCUCGCUACACCUUUGAUAUUCAAAACGACGUGGAAAAGGCCGAUGCCGACAUCCGCGCAUACGUGUCGAGCAGGCGAAGGAGCGACCAAGGCUCCAUGACCAUGAAACGAUCCCGUACUGCAACCGUUACCGAGCAGUCGCCGCUCGAUGUGCCCCCAGCCUCGUGGCCCGACAUCGUGAGCUACUUUGGCAAGACCAAGAACCUGAAAAUCCUAAUUGGUACAACCACGUCAUGGUUCUUUCUGGAUCUUGCAUAUUAUGGCCUGGGAUUAAACCAAUCCAUGGUUCUUCAUGCCAUUGGAUAUGCCAACGGACGCACAUUGUACCAUAAACUAUACAACCAAGCCGUAGGGAUGAUUAUACUCGCCUGUGCCGGAUCCAUCCCUGGCUACUGGGCCGCCGUCUUCACAAUCGAUAGCGUCGGUCGGAAGCCUCUUCAGUUUGCUGGCUUUCUCCUCCUCACCGUCAUCUUCUGUAUUCUUGGCUUUGCCUUCCACAGCUUGACCGAAGGAGCAAUGCUCGCUCUCUACAUCAUUGCCCAGUUCCUAUUCAACUUUGGCCCCAACACAACCACCUUUAUUAUCCCUGGAGAAUGCUAUCCUACCCGGUACAGAUCUACCGGCCAUGGUGUCUCGGCCGCCAGUGGCAAGAUUGGCGCCAUCAUUGCCCAGGUUAUUAGUAUCCCGAUACUGAGUCAAGACUCUCCCCCCAAUUGCCAAGGCAAGGAGUGCUCGCCGCACUUGAACCGCCUUUUACAGCUUUUCGCUCUCUUCAUGCUCCUGGGGACGAUAGUUACGCUAUUGGUCCCGGAGACCAAAGGACUGACCUUGGAAGAACUAUCGGGCGAAGCGCGUACCAGCUAUAAUGCCGGAUGCAACGGCAGCAUUAAUAUUACAUCGCCUCGAUUAGGCCCCUGGAAUCCCUUCAAAGGCGGACGGCCGGCCGGAUUCUUCUACCCGCGGGCACACGGCACCUCAUUUGCAAAUGGCCGACGAUCUCCUCGAGCUGGCAUUAUGGAAUCACCAGAGAUAUUCGCCCAGCACGAUGAAACCAAGAAGCGAACGCGAUUUUGGCGAAGAAGAAACCGAAAAUCUCAGGCUCGGAGCGACAGAACUGACGAGAUUGCCUUGAGCCAACACCCAGGCAGCUUCCAUGAAAACGCUGGUUCGGACGAGAUUACACUGACAGAUGGCUUUAUGAUGCCUGGAGGAGCGAGCUCGUCGCGACAUCGUGCGCCCUACAUGCAGCAAGAACUACCAACCUGGGGAGCCGGAUGGGGUAGGAUAGAUAGGGGCGGACCCCCUCCCUUGGCGACAUCAAUGCAGUUGCAAGAUGUUGGAUCACUUUUGAAAGACUGA